UAAUUAACUUUCAAAUAAGCCGUACAGUGAUUUUAGCUAUGUAUAUCGGUACAGUACAAUGGCGAAAUGUGAACAGUGAACUAUCGUAUGGGGGAUACACACUUUUCCUUCUAUUGUUGUAUCUUUUAACACGCGCGCUUUUUUCCUUUAGUUAACGAUCGAGCUCUUUCGUGAUUUUUUGCCAGGACACGUUUGUUUGUGUUUUAAUUUUGUGCUGCUUGGUUUUGUGAACGCUGGAUUUUGUGUCUAUAUUUAUUAAAAGUGCAUACAUUUGUUUUUUCUUUUUAUAAGAAGCCUAUGAAAAAGGUAUGGAAUUCUAACAGACAUAAGCCGUCCCUACGAAUGGAAAUCAAACAACCCCCAAAGCAUGCCCAUAUUAAUCAUUAUACGGCCUUAAAGGUUCUGCAAAAGAUACGAAAUGAGGACACCGGAACACAGAGCACAUCAAAGGGCUGGGAAAAAGUUCGAAGCGGACCUGGAAAUGCAUUACUUAGCUCCGGGUGCCUUUACUGUGCUACCUCUGGAUACCGAGCGCCUACCAGAACCACCCCCAGCACCACCACCGUACAGGCUUCCAACUACCAGAAGGCAUCGGCAUCAGUCCUUCGCAAUUAUUGGCGAGCCCACCUUAAGCACUCCUAAUACUCGAAGCCCAUCUCCUUCGGGGCGAGUGAGUCCUUUCAAAGGACGGGGUUUCAACCCUGUUGGAUCACGUCAUGCUAGUCCAAGCGUCUCUCCCAUUCCACCAGAAGAUCCUCGAGUUUUAAGCCCUCAACCUCCGCAUCGCCACGUGGCAAAUAGUUCUAAAAUACCAUUAAGAAAAUCAUCUACUGGAGCAAUUUUUGGAGAGAAAGUUCAUCAUGUGGGAUUUAAAGGACUUAACAGACAAGCCAGCCAAAGCCUUACUAGUUUGGAAGAUAAGCAAACUCUAAAAAAGCCUCCGCCUAGUCCUAGAAAACGCUUGAAACAAGGUGGAGCUUUCAGGCAAUUAUCCCCUAUUCUGGGGUCUAGUCCAGAACCCAGCCAGUCAGUUCACAGCCAGUCUUCCCCUUCUAGAAUUCCUACUAAAAGUAAAAGUACACCUCCUAGUAGGAUAACAUCCCCAACUCGAGAAGCAUCUAAGGUUCCUAUAAGGAGCCGUUCAAGGCACAAAAUCGCUAGUACACCUCCUAGUAGAAUCGCCUCUCCUAGUCAAGAAUUAUCCAAAGUGCCUACGAGGAGCCAAUCGAGGCCCAAUGUGGCUAAAACAAGAGACCCAAGUCCUUUAUCAUCACCUACCAAGAUUCCUAUAAGGAGAUAUGAACAUGUUAAGUCCAAAAUCAACAGCUUUAAUAAACCGAAGCCUCCACAGUCUAGUGAUAUGUCCGAAGAUAGUGAAGUUCCAAAGAAAAAAGUGCUUUCACGUAAAAAUUCACUGCAAAGGACACCUUCGCGACCAAACUUGCUACCCAAAACCUUUAUGGGUAAUAAAAAGCAGUAUACCAGUGACAGUAGUGAAGCGGUAGAUAGUGAUAAUCCUAAAAGUGUUUCGGCGAAAACUUUCGGACCUAAAGUCAAUUCUACUACAACGAAAAAUAUAAGUACUGUUGCGAAGCCUAAUGUUGCAAGUACUUCUAUCAAAAAUAAACAGCCUACGGCCUCUUCUACCCCAAACGUUGAACUUAAAGUAAACAGCAAAAAUCCGAUUUUUCCAAAAGAAGUAAAAUCCUCCUCGGAAAGCACCGAGCCUUCAACAAAAUCUUCCACAAGAGGUAGCAAGAUAGAUCUAGUAAAUAUUGACUCAGAUGAACCUUUGCCAUCAGCUAUUGUAUCCAGUACAACUACAACAGUGACAAAACCUUUAAAAAUUGAAACACCUACACUUGGCAGGUCGAAACCAGUAUCUCCUCUAGUUGAUGGAAGAGUCUUAAGCGCCACUAGUGUUAGCCAAGCGAUUAAUAAAAUGAAUGAUACAGUACUUAACACUCAAACUUUGAUCAAGGAUAGUGGUUUACAAAGCAGAUAUACUAGCACUGCUGUAAGUUCUGUAAAGAGUGAUAAAAAAGAAGAGAGUAGUGAAAUUAUAAAAAAAAUGGAAGAAAGUAGUGGGGGAAUUAGUGUUAAAGAUGAGUCAAGUAAAGAAGUUAGUAAAGGUACAGAAAAACCAUCAAAAAAAGAAGAACAAAAAAUUGCCAAAGCUUUUCCAGAACAACCUUCUGAAGCAAAAUCCGCCAUAACUAAUGACGUUCACAAUAAUAACUCCAAGGCUCCAGUAUCAAAUAAUCAUACGAAUAAUGAUAAUCAUAACAAUAAUCACGUAACUACUAUUGGACUGGGAAAUGCCAAAGCAAUUGAAAAAGAAGUGCAAAACAAUAUGACUAAAUUGUUAGGGUCAAUGGACUCUAGCCUAGGUACACCAAUAAGUAAAAUGUCGGCGAACGAUAGAAUAAGAGAGGCAAGGACUGUUAUUGCAGCAGACGUAAAGCCUAUAAGGAUAACAGUUAGAGAAAAGCCUUCAGAAAUGGAUGUGCAAAGUGGUAAUGUGGCGCCGCAUUUCAGUGUAGCAAAUGGAAUCAGUAACAACGAUCGACCUAGUCUUCCUCCCUCGCAACAUCAUUCUCCACCACCCCCAGCCGAGCCAGAAAAAGAAACUGUUCCACCCAGUCGCUGUAAGCGGUUUAUAACCUCGUGUACUAAUCUCUUAACGUGCAACAAGUGUGCAAGGUGCAAAAAGCUUUCCAAAAGCGAGGAAAUCCAAGAGAUUACGAAUGAAGUUGCAAAAACCGGAUGCUUUUCAUGUCUAAGGAAAACCAAGCCCAAAAACGACCAAGUAAGAAUAAAUAUUGAAGAUGAAGAAGCGGAUCAAGUCAAAAAAAACAUAUGGCAGAAACUUAAUUGUUGCAAGAAGAAUAGAGUGGGUGACACUCAGAGUUGUUUUACUUUGGGAAAACGAAAAGAAAACUGGAUGGAGAGAAGUGGACGACAGGGAAGUGUUUUGGAGUCGGAGAUUCAACCCAAAUCAAAAUGUUGUUCAAAGGACAGCUGCAAAAAUUUUUUUCGUAAGAUUUUCUGCAAUUAUUGCAGAAAAAAGGAGCCGAUUCCACCGCCUAUCCCAGCUCGCAAAGAAUCCAUGAUUAGUGGCAAAAAGAAAAGCCUGACACCCCUCAGCAUGCCACCACCUGAGGAUACCACUCCAAAAAUCGAUAUGAGUCUAGUAGAACAUUCUUCUCAUAUGAAAGGAGCUAUACCAAUACUGCCCGUUUGGUUGGCCUGGUUUUGUUGCUUUAUGAACUGCAUUGGACCUGGAACCGGUACAAUUUUGAGUGGUCUCUUCUGCCUGUGCAUUGGUAAACCGAGAUUUUCUCAAAAAGAUGGACCAAAGCCGCGUAUUGGUUCAUUCAUUAUCAACCUCAUUAUUGGGUUUAGUCAAUUCUUUACAGUUCUGUUUUGUCUCGUGGGAUGGGGAUGGUCAAUCUGGUGGGGAGUUAUUAUGAUUAAAAUUGCAAAGCGACACAGAAAAUUAAAACAUCUGGAAAAACUUGAGGAAAAUGCCGCCAAACCACAACCGAUUGGUGGUCAUAGACGUAACCUUGAGAGAGGUAGAACCUAGGAAAAUCUAUUAGAAAUUUUGAAAAGCUGCAGGAAAGCUUUUUUGUAAAUGGAUACGUAUGGGGUUAGGCAAAAUAGAUAUCGCACAAAAGUAUUCGCUGGCCGAAAAUAAAAAUCAAAUUUUGUACCUUAAAGCAAUUUAUACAUACAUUGUAUUUUAAACUAUGUAGAUACAAUCAUCCGUACUUUAAAUCUUUUCUUCCUAACAAUAUGUAGGAAAAUUAUACAUCUUAGCAGUAAUAAGAGUAAAUAUUUUUUGUAUUACCAAAAACUAGUUAGACAAUAGAAAUGUACAAUUUUACUUGUAAAUAAUCACAUUAUUAUAUUUAUUAUUGAUUUAUAUUUGUGUUAUGCAAAAUAUUAAGUCUUAAUAUUCUGCAAAAUGUUUAUUAACUUUGAAAGAAGAGAUGAUAUUAUUUUUAAUGUGUUUCUUUUAACAACAUUGAAGCGUUAAAUUCUAAAAAUUUUUAAGGUUGGUGCUUCUAGAGAACAAAAGUCGUAUGCCUUAUUUAAGGGUAUUUUUAAUGACAGAAAUGGAUGUAUGCGUGUCAUUUGGGACUAAAUUUUUAUAGAAAUUUAUUAAUUUUUUUGUUUUUUAAGCGCAUACACUGUUUGGACCAUCUCUGCAUUGAAUAUUACUCGUAAUUAUAUAUACAAUAAUUUAUAAAGUUUUUCUGUUAUUUUUAAUAAAAUUUUUAACCUGUUA